AUGGCGACAACGACGACUGUGGCUAAGAGGAUUGUUGUAGCUGGAGGAAGCGGCUUUCUAGGAGCGCGAAUAUGCCAAUCCGCAGUAGCCAGAGGAUGGGAAGUUGUGUCAUUAAGUCGUCGCGGAGAACCAGCAUGGGAUACCGUUAGCUCUUCUGGCCAAGCUCCACGAUGGGCACAAAAGGUCGAAUGGGAGAAAGCAGACCUCCUAGACCCUAGUUCGUAUGGACAACACCUUAAGAAUGCGUCUGCCGUUGUACAUUCGAUGGGCAUUCUUCUGGAGGCGGACUAUAAAGGCAUAUUACAGGGGAAGGAAUCACCCAUUACGGGUAUACAGAAGGUGUUUGGGUCGUUUCCUGGUAUACCAACUGGUCCUAGCAAGAGCCAAAUGACAUAUCGAACAAUGAAUACGGAAUCAGCUAUCUCUCUUGCCAAAAAGACGACCGAGGAGAAUAUCCCCACAUUCGUCUAUAUAUCAGCGUCCUCUGGAGCUCCUAUCAUACCACAAGGGUAUAUAUCAUCCAAGAGGGAAGCUGAAUCCUCUAUUCUGUCCAUGUUUCCAAAUCUGCGGAGUAUAUUCGUGAGGCCAACAUUCAUGUACGACUCGUCUCGCAGCCUAUCCUUACCCAUAGCGAUGGGAGGUAUGAUAGCUUCGGAAAUUAAUUCGUUAACUGGAGGAAAGCUCUCGGCUUUGGGGUCGAUGGCGGAAAAACCUCUCAAAGUUAGCGUCGUUGGGGAAGCAGUGGUCGAGUCAAUCGAUGACAGUGAUGUGGAUGGUGUCGUUAGCCCGAAGAAGAUUGAAGACCUAGCAACCAAGGGCUGGAGGAAAACGAUGCUCUGA